AUGGAGGAAGCGCGGAAGAACAUACAGCAAUUUCCAAAGCCCCACCCUUUUUCUGGUAGUGGUGAUGUGGGGGUGAUCGCUCCAACUGUUUUUCUGGUCUUGUGCGAUGCGCCGCUGUACGGAAAAGAAGCGGCGCUUCCCCCCGGCCAAACCGCGGUGGCAUUAGUUGAAUUCCUUGGCAAUGCCGGCCAACUCAUCGCGGUGCCAAGGUCCAGUACUUCGUAUUGUCGGAGGAAGCCAAGAGCCAGCGACGUUUUUCUUUUGGAAUACCCGUUGGCCCUUAGGUUACGGCGUUAUAAAGCACCGGGGCCAGCGGCAUCGUGCUGGGGCAAAAAUAUAUCCAAGAAUGUCCUUGGGCACUUGCCGACGUGCUAUCAGCAGUAUCACCCGCACCAGGUUACUGCUGAGUGGUGA